AUGUCUAAUUACGUCGAAAAGUUCCCAUCAGAGAUGGAGGAGAAAGCUCCCCAUCAUCUCACAAAUACCGAUACAUCUGGUUAUCCGGAUGAAAAGGAAGUUAUCGCUGAAAAUGGUAACAGAGUCACUGUUCACGAGAUUAACGUAGCAGAAGAAGCUAUACUUGCUGAAGGUGAAUUUACUGAAGAAGAGUAUAAAAAGCUCCGAAGAAAGGUCGAUAUGAUCCUUUUGCCUUUGAUGUGGUGGUGCUAUGGUAUUCAACAAACAGAUAAGACUGGUUUGGGAACAAUGAACUUGUAUGGUGUUCAAAAAGAUACUGGAAUGAAAGGAAACCAAUAUUCGCUUUUGACGGUCAUCUUCUAUACCGCCUACGGUAUAUUCGAAUUCCCUUCCAAUGUCAUCCUUCAGAGAUUCAACAUGGGUAAAACACUCACGAUCUACAUGUUCUGCUGGGGUAUUAUCGUUCUUUGUCAAGGUUUCCUCAACUCAUGGGCUCCGUUCAUGGCAUUGCGAUUCCUUCAAGGUGCCUUUGAGUGCACAAUCUCACCUGGUUUCAACUUGAUCAUCGCUUCAUGGUACACCACUCGAGAGCAUAAUGCGCGUGCUUUGGUAUUCCAGUCUGCCAAUGCUGGGUGGGGUAUAGUCGUCGAUUUGACGAUGUACGGAAUCGCAAAAGCUGCCGAAAAGGAAGUCGGAGGUUUCGCAGCUUGGAGAGGUAUCGCUGUCUUCUUAGGAGGUCAAACUCUUCUAGCAGCAGCGGUAGCUUGGUUCAUGCUUGGUACACCCAAUGAAGUCCGAUGGUUAUCCAAAAGAGAGAAGUUAAUCGCUUGUGCAAGAGUCAUGAGUAAUAACGCUGGUACCGAUUUGACUGGAAGAAAAACCUGGAAAUGGGAUCAAGUCAUCGAAUCAUUCAAAGAUCCCGUUAUGUAUUUCCAGUUCACGAAUGCUUUCUUGUCAUCCCUUUGUAACGGUGCCAUCACUACUUUCGGUACUGUCAUCAACAAGUCCUUCGGUUUCACUGAAUCUCAAGUCAUCCUAUACGGUAUUCCUCGAAGUGUCGUAUCAGUCCUCUGGUUCGUAGUCGUCGGAUAUACUACCAUGAAGGUAAAGGGUACUCGAAUGUACUUCAUGAUGCUCUCGACUGUCUUCCCUUUCGUUGGUCUUCUCGUCAUUGCUCUCUUGCCUAGCGACAUCAGCUACCGCUGGGUCAAGUGGGGGGGAUAUCUGAUGUCUGUCACUUUUGUGAUCCCCUUAUUCUCCGCCUGGUCUCUCAUUUCUUCCAAUACCGCCGGAAGGACAAAGCGAAGUAUCAUCAGUUCAAUGUGUUUCAUUGCCUAUUGUACUGGUAACAUCUCUGGAUCACAAGUUAUGAAAGCGAAAGAUGCGCCUCAUUAUAUUCCAGGAACAAUCACUAUUGCUGCUUGUAUGGGAGCCGAGUUCUGUGUCAUCGUAGCAUGGCGUUUGUAUCUCGUCUGGGCCAACAGACGAAAGGCAAGGGCUGUUGCUGCGAUGGAGUUGACUCCCGAAGAAAUUGAAAGAAAAGGUCAAGAACUUGGUGCUGAAGAUACCACCGAUAUGAAGAACCCUUUCUUCGUCUAUUCCAUGUAA